CUCGAAUCAACACACAUUGUUCGGUCUUAACAGCGAAAUCUUGUAUGUUUCUUCUAGUUUAUACAAAACUCCGGGGAUGUAUUAAAUACGAACUUCAAACGCCUCAAGUGGAGAUUUACUUUGUGGAACAGCGAGCCAUAUGGGAUCUACGCAAUUGUAGUGAAGCCGACUGCGACGAUAAAACAAUUCUCUAAAAAUCUAUCGCCAGUGAAUUUAGGAUUAUAUGGAUAUAACUAAACGUUUCUAAGAAUAUACCCCAACUGAGAUGUAAAAAACAUUAGCUUUAUCAAUAAUGGGGCUCGGAGAGUCUAUUAAGAUUAUGUGGCAAUUGAUAAGUUUGCUAUUUACAUUGACGAUUCCCGUAGUGGUUUGCGGGUCGGAUGUGGUACGAACUUGUGAUCCGAUUCGCAUCGAAAUGUGCAAUGGUUUGGGGUAUAACGUCACCGGGAUGCCGAAUCUUGUGGGUCACGAGUCCCAACAAGACGCUGAGCUCCAGUUGCAGACAUUUACUCCCUUGAUCCAGUACAAUUGUUCCACUCAGCUCAAGUUCUUUCUCUGCUCUGUCUACGUCCCUAUGUGUACGACGAAGGUGAUACAACCUAUAGGGCCUUGCAGACCAAUGUGCGAAAAUGUCAAGAAACGUUGCCAGCCUGUCCUUCAGGAGUUUGGUUUUACAUGGCCAGCAGCGUUGAAUUGCUCUAAAUUCCCACCCCAGAACAAUGUCGAUUAUAUGUGUAUGGAUGGGGGUAUGGGUGAGGAGAAAGACAGGCCUACGUCUAAGACUCACAGGCCAGGCUAUGACAUACGUCCACCACCAACAGGCACGUUAAUUCCACGCGGGGCUAAACCGAAAGAAGACAACAUAGAUCGAUCAUGCUCGGAAUUUAGAAACUCUGAAAAAUAUGAAUUUCUGAACCGUUCAGAAAAAUGUGCACUUCGAUGUGGUGAAGAUGAUCUUUUCAAUGAGGGAGAUAAAUACUUUGCUGAUAUUUGGAUGGGUAUCUGGGCUGGAUUGUGCUUUGUAUCAACCCUCUUCACUGUGCUAACUUUCCUCAUUGAUUCCUCAAGGUUUCGAUAUCCAGAAAGACCCAUCAUAUUCUUAAGUAUGUGUUAUAAUAUUUACUCUAUUGCGUUCAUUGUUAGGCUGAUAGCAGGUCGUUCUGCCAUCUCCUGCCACAACCAGAGCAACGUCUUCAUUCUCAUCCAGGAAGGAUUAAACAAUACAGACUGUGCUAUAGUGUUCCUCUUGUUGUACUAUUUUGGAACAGCCAGCUCUCUUUGGUGGGUCAUACUCACCCUAACCUGGUUCCUCAGCGCUGGAUUGAAAUGGGGUCACGAAGCUAUACAACAUCAUAGCAGUUAUUUCCACCUGGCGGCCUGGGCCAUCCCCGCCAUUAAGACUAUUAUCAUCCUCGUGAUGAGGACAGUGGACGGUGACGAACUAACUGGCUUAUGCUACGUAGGUAACCAGAAUCAAAGCUCUCUCAUUGGCUUUGUCAUCGCACCUCUGUGUGUAUAUCUCCUACUAGGGACAUCUUCAUUGUUAGCCGGCUUUUUCGCCUUAUUCAGAAUCAGACAACAUGUUCGCAAUGAAGGUGUAAAAACAGACAAACUUGAGAUUCUCAUUUUGAGGAUAGGCAUCUUUGGUGUGUUAUAUACUGUACCAGCGACAUGUGUGAUCGCCUGUUACUUCUACGAAUAUGUCAACAGAGGACUAUGGCAUAGACCCAACACAGACAUUUCUCCAAAUAUUGAAAUUUUCAUGCUUAAAAUAUUUAUGUCCCUCGUUGUGGGGAUCACCAGUGGUAUGUGGAUAUGGAGUAGAAAAACUCUGAACUCUUGGAGGACGUUUUGUCGACGAAUUUGUUUUCGAAGUUCCGAGAGAAAAAAUAAUCCAGUCCCCCAUGUACAAUAUCACUCCGCCCAUCCUGCCAGUUCCACAGCCUCAUCGAGGACUCAACAACAAAUUCGUAUCCAGAAUAAAUAUCAUUAUAAAGGUGUAAGGGGGAAGCAUGGUGAAACAGUCGUCUAGGAGAGGCCAGCAAAAAUCGUGUGUGUUUAAUGUAAAUCAGGGUCUCCCAGAAUUUCUUAGUCAUAAACAUCGUAUGUCCUAGAAACCAGCUUAUUCCUAUUAUGUAUCAGAGAAAGGUUUAUGUAUAAGUGUUGAUCUAAUGCAUUAUGAAAGUGACCACUCGUUCAAAGUGGGAUUAAAGAUUCUGGUGCAAUCGAACUAAGUCUUAAUAUGAUUGCUUUUACUCCCGGCCUUAGUGUUGACAAAUGUAAUUACUUUUUAAAGAAAUUAGCCUUCUCAAAUUUAGAGCAAAAUAGCCAUGAUUUUUGAUUUGAACAGUUUGAAUAUCAUAUGAAAAUAUGGUAAUAGUUCAGGCAGUCAUUUUAGCAAGUAUUCAGUUUACAACCUCUCCUACAACAUGCUUUCUAACUUCCAGAUUUUUCAAAAUUAAAUCGCUUCAAACUUAAAUGUUGUUACUCAUAGAGAAAUUGGUAGUGGGAGUCAGUUUACGGUUUAAAAUACACUAGUUAAGUGGAAGUGGAUACUACUAUUUCUGGGGUUGACAAAAUAUUGACUCUAUUUCUGUAAUGUAGAUCAGCCUGACAUGUCUGUUGUUGUAAAUAUUAUGUCUUGGAGUAGUCAUUGUCUUCAGGAACCAUCGGGUCAUCACUGAUAUUAGAUACUAAAUAAUAAACACCUGAAUAUUUGUGUGGGAGGGCUGGUUUUCAUUAUGGUCAUAUCAUAUGAACUUUAACUUCAUUCUCAUAAUUUAUUUUCUAAAUUAUUGGCUGAGACCAUUGUCUCGAAUAUGUGUAGAAGGAGGCUCCUAUUAGCUAGAGCAGUGACACUAAAUAUGAUCGUUGAAAAAAAGAUGAAUUCAGAAGAUUGAAUGAGCACACACAUGCAACACACUGAACAUGGCUUAUAUUUCACAGUAUUUACAAUCGUUUCUCCAUGACAUAAAAAUGUCAAUGUAGCUAAGGUUGUACUCUAGCAAGCAAUCUUAGCUGUGAUAUAUCAGCUUAUAACAAGUCCGAAGUUCGAUAUGAACGAGAUAUAAAAUACUAAUCUCAAUAUUGAAGUGGCCUUCUGAUAUUACAGCUUAUGUAUUUCAUUG